CAAGAACUGGUCAGCAUAUUUGAGUCUCUUUCUUUUUGUUAAUUAAGAUAUCAGUGUCUUUGUUUAGCAGACAUUUCUUUGGGACACUUUUUUGAAGUGGUAUUAUCUGAUACAGUGUCUUUGUGAUCUGAAAUCAAAAUUUUAGCUUUUUUAGAGCUAUUUAAUGUCAUAUUUUCUUGAUCUUUUGAACUUGGUCUAAGUUAUUUUCAUCUCUAUAUCCCUUAAAAAUAAUACUUUCUUUUAGGGGAUAUUUGGAUUUCCUUUUUUGGGGUCUCUUAUUAGGUCAUGUUUGUGAUUUUUAAGGAACUUUGGUUCAGUUGUUUAGCUGAUAAUUUAAGGGUUUGAAAAAAGAACAGAUUUUUAGAACUUGGACUGAGCUAUUUCAUCUGUGUAUUUAUAUUUUUGUCUUUUUUCCCCCCUUAAAAUACUUUUUUUUGUGUUGUUAUUGGAGGAUUUAGCUUUGAAGAAAGUGGAGAUAUUUGAAAUUUCCUUUUUGGGUCUCUAUAAGGUCAUGUUUGUGCUAUUUAGGGAACUUUGGUUCAGUUGUUUAGCUGAUAUUUUAAGGGUUCUUGAUAAAAGAACAGAUUUUAGUGUUGUGUGAGGUGAGGGGGUUAUUUAAAGUUGGAAUCUUGGGUGGUGGGGUUUGAUGAUUUUUGAGUUUAGCUGAUAAUUUAAGGGUUUUUGGAGAUUAUUAGACACAAAUUUGAAAAAAAGAACAGGUUUUUAGUGUUGUGUGAGGUGAUUUAAAGUUGGUAUCUUGGGUGGUGGGGUUUGAUGAUUUUUGAGUUUAGCUGAUAAUUGAAGGGUUUUUGGUGAUUAAUAGACACAAAUUUCAAAAAAGAACAGGUUUUUAGUGUUGUGUGAGGUGAGGGGUUGAUUUAAAGUUGGUAUCUUGGGUGGUUGGGUUUGAUGAUUUUUGAGUUUGAUUCUUGGUAUUGUUAAGUAUGAGAUUGGGUGGUGAUGGUGUAAAAGGGGAGUCUUUGGAAGUAGAGAAAUCAAAAGGAAGGAAGAAAAAAGAAAAAGAGGAUGUGGAGGAGACUCAGACUGGUUGUUGGAUUAAGUUGAGGUUUAUUGGUAGCUGUAUUUCUUCAAGAUCUAAAGUUGAUAACUCCAUCAGUGGCAUCAGCGCUCGCUGUGAAAGUAAAUCCACAAAUGAUACAAGCAUAGACCAGCCUGUUGCUCCAAUUAUCUCAUCCACAACCACAAGUAAUGCUGAAAGUAAUAAUUCUUCCACCUCCAAACUCGAAGAGGAACUUAAAGUUUUUUCGCAGCUUCGGAAGUUCACAUUCAAUGAUUUGAAGUUGGCUACGAGAAACUUCAGACCAGAAUCCCUUCUCGGUGAAGGGGGUUUUGGCUGUGUCUUUAAGGGUUGGAUUGAAGAGAACGGGACGGCACCUGUUAAGCCAGGAACAGGGCUUACUGUUGCUGUGAAAACUCUAAAUCAUGAUGGACUUCAGGGUCACAAAGAAUGGCUGGCGGAAGUAAAUUUCCUUGGCGACCUCAUUCAUCCAAAUUUGGUUAAAUUAAUUGGUUACUGUAUUGAAGAUGAUCAGAGGUUGCUGGUUUAUGAAUUUAUGCCUCGAGGAAGCUUGGAAAACCAUCUGUUCAGGAGGUCCCUGCCUCUUCCGUGGUCCAUCCGCAUGAAGAUAGCAUUGGGUGCAGCAAAAGGUCUUGCGUUUCUUCAUGAGGAAGCAGAAAGACUAGUGAUAUACCGUGAUUUCAAAACGUCCAACAUUCUGCUAGAUGCGGAUUACAAUGCCAAACUUUCUGAUUUUGGACUCGCUAAAGAUGCUCCGGAAGGCGACAAGACCCAUGUUUCUACUCGUGUCAUGGGAACAUAUGGUUAUGCAGCUCCAGAGUAUGUGAUGACAGGACAUUUGACAUCAAAGAGUGAUGUCUACAGUUUUGGUGUAGUUCUGCUUGAAAUGAUGACAGGUAGGAGAUCUAUGGACAAGAACCGGCCAAACGGGGAACACAACCUUGUUGAGUGGGCCCGACCACAUUUGGGCGAAAGAAGAAGGUUUUAUAAAUUGAUAGAUCCUCGACUCGAAGGCCAUUUCUCUAUAAAAGGUGCGCAGAAAGCUGCACAUUUGGCUGCCCGAUGCCUCAACCGGGAUCCCAAAGUAAGACCUAUGAUGAGUGAAGUGGUCGAGGCCUUGAAGCCGUUGCCAAACCUCAAGGACAUGGCCAGCUCCUCCUACUAUUUUCAGACCAUACAAGCAGACCGGGUCGGGUCCAGCCCGAAUACAAGAAAUGGGCUCAGAACGCAUGGAUCAUUCUCGAGGAACGGACAACAGCAUCCGAGAAGCCUAUCGAUUCCAAAUGGUUCUCAUGCUUCUCCAUACCGUCAUCAACCUCCUCAGAAUUCACCAAAUCCAAAAGGCAAAACGUAGAAUCCGAAUGACAGUAAUAUGUUUGUAUUACUCGUCUUUCUUCUCUAUAAAUAUAUUUUGUUGGUCCACAUUUAUGCUUUGGAUGACUGGCAAGAGUAUAGGAGUACAACAUGUAGUACUUCACUCCUACUUGAGAAGCAUGUAGUGUAAGCACCAUGGAGUAAAUAUAUUUUUGUGUCAGAUAUGUCACUCUCUUCCCAUUUCUCUUCAGCCCACCACAUCAUAGGAGGAACUAGUAACAUGUCACGGAUUCAAUUCCUCUAAAAGUUUUUUUUGUUUUUUGUUUUUUGUUUUU